AGUUUAAAAUUAGUUGAAAUUUUAAAAAAGACUGUUGAAAAUGCUUUCUUCCAAAAUAAUGAUUUCUCUUUAUGUUAUUCUUUUUGGGUUGUUUGUCAGUCAGCUUUCUGUGGUCGAGAGUCAAUCUGAUGGUCCUAACAGUACUGCAGCUGCAGAGAUGAUAACUACACCGAGCUCGAAUACAACUUCACCGAGCUCGAAUACAACUACAGAGGGCAAAACGAUUGACGAUAAAGAAAACGAAACAGAAAAUAACAAUAGCGAUGAAUCUGAUACUGAGAAAGACAGUGAGGAAGAUGAGGGUGACAACGAUGACGAUGAUAAGGACGACGAUGAUAAUGAUAACGAUGAUGGUGACAGCGAUGAUAAUGACUCCGAUGAAGACGACGAUGACGAUUGCGACAAGGACAAAGAUGAAUCAGAGGAUACAGACGAAGAAAAAUAA